AUGGCCCAUAGUCACGCUUCUUGGGCCUUUGAUGGCCCCACCGAAGCUCCGCCAUCACCGCGGACAAUGCGCACGCUGCGAAAGAUCCGAUCGCAUCAAGUCCUGACGACCUCCAACGCCCUGAUUGCACAGACUCAGUCCCAGUCAGGGGUCCGUUCUAUCGAGAAUGGAACCGCUAUAGCACCUGGCGCUACCAUGCGACCGCCCACACAUCGUCGAGCGCGAUCGAAUAGCGACGCAGCUAGUCGCAUGGCAGCUCUGACUGCACCAGUUCCAACACGACGGCCACCACGCAAGACCGGAUCAGGAAUAGGGGUCAAGAGGUCGCCUUUAGAAAGCUUCUUACGCGAUGGUCCACAGACUGGAAAGGGUUACGAAGGACUGCAGGAGUUGAAAUUACUCAUUCUAAAAUGCAGGGUGGACGCAGAUGGAGACGGCAUGUCACCUUAUCGAAUUUAUUUAUGGCUUGUUCUUCUCAAAAUCCCUCCUGUCCCCACCGACGAAUAUCUCGCUUUCAUCCACCGCGGCCGUUCCCCGGCCUAUGCCAAAAUCCGCAAUGACACAUUUCGCACAUUAGCCACGGAUCCUCUGUUCAAACGCCGUGUCACCGAAGCAAGCUUGAUUCGACUGCUGAAUGCUGUGGCAUGGAAGCUGCACGAUUCGAGGCCGAGACCGAAAUCCAGACCUUCUUCCAGAAGACGCGAGAUGGAGCUCCUAGUCAAUACACCACCGAAGAUCGAAGAGGAAUCUGAACCAGGGUCGGCGCACAGUCCACCUAUCAGUGAGCCUGCGAUAUACGUGCAAGGAAUGAAUGUUCUCUGUGCGCCUUUCCUCUAUGCAGCCCGCAGUGAGGUUGAAGCAUUUGCUCUGUUUCACUUCUUCGUGACCAAGGAAUGCCCUGGCUAUAUUCGGGGUGCCAUGGAUGGAGUUCAUCGGGGCCUCAGACUGGUUGAUAGAUGCCUAGAGAUUGUAGAACCCAAGCUUGCUACUCACCUCUUUUCCAAGGGAAUGUAUGCAGAGCUUUACGCUUUUCCAUCGGUCCUGACGCUUUGCGCUUGUACACCACCCCUUCCUGAGGUUCUUCACUUAUGGGAUUUCCUCUUCGCCUACGGGUCUCACUUGAACAUUGUUUGCAUCGUGGCUCAAUUAGUCCGUAUGCGAGAUGCUCUUCUUGCAAGUGAUAACCCGAACAAAAUCCUUCGAAAUCUUCCCCCUCUCAAUGCAAAAGAAAUCAUCGGCCUUACGGUGCUCUUAGUGCAGAGAAUUCCCUCAGAUUUAUAUGCAGAAAUGGUUAGCCAUGCGAAAUGA